CAACAUAUAUUUCAUACAAAAUAUGCUACAAAUAACUUUAUUCCGUUAGCAGUCGUUGCAACAUAAUGUUUAGCCAGUUCGCUGUCAUAAUUAUCUGCAUAAUUGCCUGUUUCAAUCAUAUCAAGGCUGAUAAGUCCAACUUUGACAUGGUCUUCACGAACUGCACCUGCAGCAUUGAGGAUCCCGAUGGGAUCCUAUCGCACUUGAAAUGUGGCUUGAGCAAAAGCGUGAAAAGGCCAUCCUUCAAUAUUGAGCUGAAAUUCCAAAAGCCGGUGGCCAAGUUCUUUGUGAAUAUGCGAAUUGUUUUACCUAGACGACUUGGCGAGGACUUCACACUGUUCAAUCUCACCGGUAUUGAUGGCUGCAGUCUGCUGUCGAACAAGAACCAGAUCGCCUUCAUCCAACUGGGCCGCAAGCACAUGGAUCGAUUCAGUAAUGUGCCCAAGCGAUGUCCUUGGCCCAAGGAUGUCAACUACUAUGUCCGUGGAUUUCGCUCAGAUAUGUCUGCCAUGCCUGCCUUUAAUUUUGAAUCGGGAAUGAAUCUGUGGUUUGAGUUCGUUGUAAAUCAACAGAAACUCAUACGCGGAUUUAUACAGAGCAGAGUGCAACGCCGAAGGAAUUCCAAAGGCGUUGCUGCUGGCGAAUAA